AUGGAAGAGCAUAGGUCUGUUUACUUUGUUGAUACAGAUGGUAAAAAGAAAUUAUUGACAGAUGAAAUAUGGAAUGCUCUUUCGAGUGGAAGCGAUGAUGAUUUUGAUGAUAGCGAUGAAGAUCCUACAUUUAAUCCUAAUGUUCUCUUCAAUAGAAAUUCAGAAGAUAUUUCUGACAAUAACAAUGAUUCUGAAUCAUCUGAAAAUGAAGUGAAUAUUCAAAACGAAAGUUCGACUUCAGGUAACAAGACAUUAGAGGAAAAAAGUAAGAAAGUUAAAAAGGAAAAAAUUAAACUUGUAUGGAAGAAAAAGUCUUUGCAAGUAAAUCCUGAAAUCAUAACUUUCAGUGGAGAUACACAUGUACAACAGACACCUGAGAAACCUCUGAAUGUAACAUCAUCUGAUAUAAGAAAAUAUUUGGGAAUUUGUAUAUUGAGUUCUGUAUCAAGUGUUAAAGAUUUUAGAUUGUACUGGAAUCCUGCUGUUGGAAUAUCUCUCAUUCAAAAUUCUAUGCCCGUUAACGAAUUUGAAAAAAUAAGAAGAUAUCUUCAUUUCAAUGACAAUAAUGCAUUUUCAACUGAUUUGCAAGGAGGCCAGGAUAAGUUUUUCAAACUGAGACCUUUGAUUGAUGAACUUCAAAAAUCUUUCCUUUCCAUUCCUAUGGAAGAAUCUUUAUGUGUCGAUGAACAAAUGUGUGCUACUAAAGCUAGACACCAUUUAAAACAGUAUAUGCCUGACAAGCCCCAUAAAUACGGUUACAAACUCUUCAUUUUGAGUGGAGUAUCCGGAUUUGCAUACAAUUUCGAGAUUUAUGGUGGCAAAGAACUUGAUGUUGCUAAUAUACUUCAAGAGCCUGAUUUAGGAGCUAGUAGUAAUGUAGUUAUUAGAUUAACUCGUCCUGUUCAAGAAAAUGUUAAUCACAAACUUUACUUUGACAAUUAUUACACUUCUAUUCCUCUGCAAGUAUAUUUGAAGAAAAAGGGAAUUUUAUCUCUUGGAACUAUUAGAAGAAAUAGAAUUCCAGACUGCAAACUUCCAACUGAAAGGGAGCUGAAGUUACAAGUUCGUGGAUCCAUCACUGAAUUUGUGGCUGAAUAUGAUGGCUGUGAACUGUCAAAUGUAUCAUGGAAAGACAAUAAAACUGUCACAAUGCUCUCUACAUUUGCUGGUACAAACCCGGUAAGUGAAGUACAGCGCUUUGACAGGAAACAAAAAUGUCAUGUAAAAGUAAAUUGCCCUUACGUUAUAAAAACUUACAACAAGCACAUGGGAGGUGUGGACUUACUUGACAGUUUGAUUGGAAGGUAUAAAAUAAUAAUGCGAAGCAAAAAGUGGUAUUUUCGGUUGUUUUAUCAUUUAUUAGACCUGACGAUUAUCAAUGCUUGGUUGCUGUAUAAGAGAGUGCACAAACAAAAGCGUAACAGUGAAAAGCCUAUGAAACUUGUUACUUUUAGAUUGCAGUUAGCAGAAACUUUGUGCUUACAUGGACAAGUAAAAUCACUAAAAAGAGGGAGACCAUCAAGUGCAGAGGAAACAGUUGGAAAACAAUCAAAAAAAGCUUGUCGAAAAGAGCCUCCAAAAGAUAUUAGAUUUGACAGAAUUGAUCACUGGCCAGAGCAUUCUACAAAUAAACAACGAUGUAAAAUGUUGAAUUGUAAAGGAUUUACAAGAGUACAGUGCAUGAAAUGCUCAAUUCCUCUAUGUUUUUAUAAAGAGAAGAACUGUUUUAGAGACUAUCAUUUACAGUAA